CCCUGCAUAAUAUCAAUUCCUCUGUUUGCUUGUUUUCCUGAUUUGAAAUUAUCUCCAUCUCUGAGUUGGGGCUCAGAAAUCAUUUCCACAGUCAAUUCAAAUGGAUACGAGUGAAGACCGUUCGGAGAUUGCAUUCUUCGACGUGGAAACGACGAUUCCUUUUCGUCCCAAUCAGGGCUAUGCUCUGUUGGAGUUCGGAGCAAUUCUGAUAUGUCCUCGGAAGCUGGUUGAGCGGGACAGCUACUCUACCCUGGUCAGGCCCGCCGACCUCUCCUCCAUAACCGGCGCCUCCGUCAGGUGUAACGGCAUCACCCGAGACGCUGUUGCUUCUGCACCUACUUUUCGAGAAGUCGCCGAUAGGGUCUACGACAUCCUCCAUGGUCGAAUUUGGGCGGGUCACAAUAUUGUGAAGUUUGACUGUGCUCGGAUUCGGGAGGCGUUCGCGGAGAUCGGUCGCCCUGCGCCGGAGCCGAAAGGAACUAUUGAUUCCUUGACAUUGUUGACGCAGAGGUUCGGGAGGAGAGCUGGAGAUAUGAAGAUGGCCACCCUUGCAACCUAUUUUGGGCUUGGACAACAAAAGCAUAGGAGCUUAGACGAUGUUCGGAUGAAUCUUGAAGUUCUCAAGUACUGUGCAACAGUUUUAUUCCUGGAGUCUUGCCUCCCAGACAUUUCCACUACCAACAGUUGGACCUCUUCAAAUGCAACAGCAAGAAGUCAUAGUAAUGGAAAAGCUGCCCCUGCUGCUACAGUCUUUAACAUGACAAUCCCACCAUCAGAUCUCAAGUUCAAGAAUGAUCAAAGAUCAUCCCGUAUGACUGGAGAAACUGAAACAGAAUUUCUCAGUUCUGUGAAAUCUAAUAUCCCUCAACCAGAUCAUUUUGACAUGAGCCCACUUUUUGAUCAAAUGCAAGUAGAAGCCCUGCAACUGGAUGCUAACAUGGAAGGGAAAAAUGUAGCAGACUUGCACUUUAUAUCUUAUGACAUAGUGAUGCCCAAUGGUUGCAGUACUUCACAGGGCAUCUCACAGGAAGAAAGACCUACAACAGAGACUCAAGGGACAUCAUCAUAUAGUAAAGCUGCAUCUGGAGUUUGCAGUGGCUAUGCUGGGUUCUUGGAACCUGAGGAAAUCUCAAUUCCUUCUGUCAGUGCAUCUUUUGUCCCAUUUUAUCGAGGCAGUCAGAGAAUACAACUAUUGCACAAAGAUGUCCCCUUGCAGCUAUGCUGUAUGAAACUAAGAGUGCGCUUUGGAAUAAGCGCAAAAUUUCUCGACCAUGCUGGCCGGCCUCGUUUGAGUAUUGUAGUAGACCCAUCACCUAGCCUAUGUGAGGUUCUGGAUGCCUGUGACCAUCAUGCACAAAGGUUGUCUGUGGAAUCUGGUAGUGGUUCUGAAUGGAGGCCUGUUGUGACUAGGAAGAAUGGAUUCUCAAAUUCAACUGUUCGACUGCACAUACCCACUGUACCGAAUGGAGACAUUGCCAUCUAUGGUACAGAGAUUUACCAGAAAGAAGCUUCUGGCAAUGCUCAAAGGCUUGUUUUUAGUAGAUUCGAUGCUGCAGAGCUCGAUUCGUUUUCUCCAGGAACUCUAGUCGAUGCUUUUUUCUCCUUGGAAGUGUAUGAUUACCAGCAGAAUGCAGGCAUUCGAUUAGUGGCAAAAAAGUUGAUUCUCAAUUCGAAGUAGCCGGAGUUCAGGAAAAUCCUCUGAUUUCCUUAUAUGGAGCAGAGUUCUAUUUAUUACUGUAAAUUUAUGUAACACGAGCACUGUUUAUAGUUGUGCAUAAGGUUAAGUUCGAAAUUGAUUGUGUUUUAAGCUUUGCUCACAUGUAAGAAAAAAACCAUAUGGUAGUCAAUGUUAUAUAUUCAUUCAUUCUUUAA